CCUUCAUCCAAAUUGACACCCGGGGCUCUUAGAAAUAUAGGCAGCAUCACUUCCAGCUCGUGCAUUCAGUCCAACAGCUGCCCCAUAAGCCACCGAGCAGCAGCUCCGUCGAUCCAAGGUGCACCCUCACCCACGCAGAGACACUCGCACUCGCCGAAUCUUUGCAGUGGGGAUAGAAGCUCAUUGUCGGAGAAGCAAUGUUUGUCAAUCUGGCCGUGCUGCUGCUGCUGGUUUUGUCAGUACUGGAGCAAGUAGUGGGAACGGAUAAUAUUGACAUCUAUGACACCCCCCCGGAGAAACCUGCGAGCCAGAAAGGACGCCUCUCGCUGCAGAACACAGCUGAGAUUCAGCACUGCCUGGUGAGUGCAGGGGAUGUCGGCUGCGGUGUGUUUGAGUGCUUUGAGAACAACUCCUGCGAGAUACGAGGGCUACAGGAAAUCUGCAUGACGUUCCUGCACAACGCUGGCAAAUUUGACUCUCAGGGGAAGUCCUUCAUCAAGGAUGCUUUGAAAUGUAUGGCGCAUGGUCUGCGACACAAGUUCGGCUGCAUCAGCAGAAAGUGUGUGUCCAUUAAGGAGAUGGUGUUCCAGCUCCAGAGAGAGUGCUACAUCAAACACAACCUGUGCUCUGCCGCUAAGGAGAACGUGGCCGUCAUGGUGGAGAUGAUCCAUUUCCAAGAUCUAUUCCCCAAAGGUCCAUAUGUAGAGCUGGUGAAUAUUCUCCUGAGUUGUGGAGAGGAAGUGAAGGAGGCGCUGUCACGCAGCGUCCGACUACAGUGUGAGCAGAACUGGGGGGCCCUCUGCGACAGCUUGAGCCUCUGCACCUCAAUGGCCCCGUCUCCUGCCAGCACCCCAGUCGAAAACCGCCGCCAACUCAUGCCUUCACAGCCUGAACCAGAGCACCCUCGCCUGCCGCGGCAAGGUGAAAAGGAGAGGGCUGGCAAGGCAGGCUUCAGCUCUCACCCACGUAACCGCAGCCAGGGACCCCGCCGUCAUAGUCCGGAAGCUGGAGUGGUGGCUGAGGAGGAAGACCCCAAGGCCACCGACAUCCGGAGGUGAAAGCUCAGGAAAUGGACUUUUGACCUCCUACACCAUUUAAAAGCCACACUUGCAGACUUGUGUACACCUUCACACAACUACACACACAUAUUCGCACACCUUUCAACACACACACACAAAUUCCCAUAGACUGAGCUGAAGGAAACAAGCCCCGAAUUUUCCUAUCCUUAUUCCGCCCUUUCUAGUCAUUCCAGCAGUCCCACAUGGUAAAUGUGCAGGGUAAUCAUGGUGUAGCUCAUGCCAGACUGUAGGCCACAUUAUCAUUAUUAUUAUUAUUAUCAUUAUUAUUUUAAAAAUGAAUAACAAUUGUUGACUAUUUCAGCUGUUAGGACUAUUUUGGCUCUAAUAUAGCAUUUUCUCAAAUCAUACUCACUGUAAGAUUUGAUUAUAUUUGUAUUAUUUAUUUUAUUCUUUAUGCAAAGUUGAAAUAUCAAUAUGUACAUAGAAUAUCUAUAUUUAUAUGAACAUGUAUAAAUAUAGUUACAAUAUGCAAUACUGAUGACAUAGUAUAUGGUGUGCUGUCUGUCAUUCUCUUCACAGUAUUGCACCCAUCACACAAAGGUCUGUAGAUAUGUAACAUACACUAUUUGCUGUUUUCAAAGUGGAGAUAUGUAUUAUAACUAUAGAUACUUGAUGAUUAAUACAAAUUGUACAGGAUUUAAGUCCAGUUCUGGCACAUAUGAAUUGUAGUGCAUGACGGCCAUUAAAUAUGUGCAUUCUUCAAAGUGUAAGUCCACUCAGAAGAGAAUGAAAAUGUAAUGCUACGAAUAUGAGCAGUUAGUUCACACUUGUAUGUAUCGAUAAGUCUCUCGCAAAGCUAGAAAUAAGAGCGCAGAGACGCUUCGUCGAUGUCACCCUGGCACCGCUCUCUGGGCAACAGUCAAUGGGAAUCUGUAUGCUUCACGAGUAUUAGAUAUAUUCUAUUCACGUGUCUUACUUUAAAUGCAAGUAUCACACCACUCUCAUUCAUUGUUAAUAGAGCUCUGGAAACUGUGUGUCAGAGACAUUGCAGAUCGGUGUCAGUGUGUUUGGUUUCAGGAGCCGUCACUCAUGUUCACAAACAGCAGCUGAAAUGUCAAAUGUGUGACUGUCAGCUAUCAGCGGCAAAGAGGAUGUUCGAUUU